ACUACUACCAAGCAAGAAGAUGCUGAUGCCGUCACACAAUCCCCGUAUUCUGUUGUUGACCAACUCGACAACUUGAAGCAGCUGGCGUUUUUCUGCUGUACAUUGCAAGUGGCUCAGCAGCCUGCCGUCAUAGAUUUGAUUCUGCAUUGGUAGUACCGUUGAUGCUACUAAUUAGUACCUAGGUACCUGUCGUACCUCCCGCUUGAACCUGUCCGUGUCCAUCCUUGCAACAAUACUCCUCCUGACCGCUGUCCUUGCCCCAUACUAUCGACUUCUCAGACGUGUUAACUGCCCCUGUCUAAAAGUCGCCUUUGCUUCAUAUUCAGACAAGUCACUUGCAACCUCAUUGGACAGGGUGUUCCCCAGAUCUCAAUCUUCUCCGCGUCUGCGUGGCGCUUGGCCAAUCUCUUGCCAUGACAGAACUCCCUGGCAAGGCCAAGCUAUCACGGUGACCUGUAAAAGCCAACACCAACACCAAUAACAACACCCCUCUAAGGACCUUUUUUCCGGCUUCUCCUUAGAACGCACUCACCACCUCAACAAGCAACAUACACAGACCACAGUGGACGUCCUAGGUUACUGACCAAGCACGGACUCUUCCUCCCCACGAACAGGAGGCCUGCGGCAUUCCAAGUGCGAAUCCGAAAUCCAAAGCCUGUGUUUAUUGGCCUCUGGGGCCGCUCCCCGGCUCGGUACCUGGCAAUUCUGCAUGGGGAACGCCGAUCCAUGUCUUUGAAGAACCUGGAGUGACUUGACCAAGACAAGGUAAAACAGAACGUUGCAGAUGGAAGAAUAUGUACAGCACUCACGAGCUCAUCUAACUCGCGUCAUGUACCUUUCACCCCGGACAGGCAAAUACUACUAUAGCCGCUGAGGCGCUCCAGGCACUGCAGAGCCUCAGGAGUGUUUCGUGGUAGCUUACCACUUGGCUUGGAAUGCCGCUGGGCCUCCCUUCGGCGGUCAGUGCCGGCCCCAGAUUGGGCGCAUGACCUUGAAUAGUGCCACGCAUGACGAUAUCAGGGUGUUCACGGCAGUUGAUGCUCUGAAUAUUGCUUGUGCAGCAUAUUGGGUAGAGAAGGGCCAACACAGCUAACGUUUUCUUGGUACAGAACUUCAACCAGCAGAAUCCAGGUUUGCAGCCAAAAAAGUCCUAGUACUUGAGGGUAAGCCGCUGAAGCUUUUCUAUUCAGCCCGCCAUAUCCGGCAACGUACAGUCAAAAUAGCAGCAUAGUAGAGGCCAUGUUUCGUGAGAACAACACCGCAUCUUGAAAAGCAUCUCCAAGGAUUCCAACCAUGCAAGCCCAUCGACCUUCCACGUCCUUUGCAAAGGAGUGGCUGUUCUAGCCGGUGGUUGGCUCACCAGGUCAACCAUCCGGUCAAGGCGGUGAGGGCACUCGUUUUGCAGCCAUGAUAGGUUGACGGUGUCAUGUACCUACAAAAUCCAGUGGACAGACGACUUUUCAACGGCGGCGCCUUCUGUGCCACUGUCCUACCAGGUAUUCGUGUGGGCAUCUGUUGGGUUGGUUCGCCUCCAGACUCUAGCGGAGUAUACCUCGCUUAACAUCGCAAGCAAGAUGAUAUCCUUCCGGAUCUCGCGGCAGCGAGGGUUCAUCAGGACGUCGAACUGACAUUAUCCUUGGAAUAGGGCCAUCGUAAAACGUGCUUUCUCUAUCGACGCAAGCCAUAGUGCUAGCACCAUUCCCCCUCAGACGGUCAAAUGGCACAAUGCUGUCGCUGAUAACAAUGACGUAUAUCAAACGUGCGCACUGCUGACUGUAGGUCUGUCUUCUGCAGGAAAAACGUUCUCUUGGAUUCGACCCAACCAGAAGAGCAUUCCAAGCUUCGAAGGUUCUAACAGCCAAGUCUCGUUAACAGACUGUUGAUAAGCACUCGCAACAUGAAUGGGAGUAAGCAACUUGAACCCCAAAUUGGAGGCGUUGACAAAGAUACAGCCAGCACCAAUCAUUUCGACGCGUGGUGGCAUCGAUUCCUGGCUGUGGCAGGUAGAACUGACAAGACAAGCCCGGGCGGUUCUUCGAAGUGGUGUGAUUCCGACCAGAUCCGGCCUCCACACCUGAUCCAUAGAUGUGCAAAUCCUCAGACCACACACACUUCAGGACCCGGCUGCUCCUCGCCUUGUUCCAACUGGGCCAAACAACGACGGGAUUCUACCCAUUUUCUUACAAGUCCAAGCCGUCCGAAAUCGGCGGCUCAGUGCUCAAAAUUCGUUUUGGAUCCUCUUCGAACCUCACGUUCUAGCCAGGAAGACCCUUCUUUGUGGCUGGAUGCGGAGCUGGAAAGUUCCUGCUCCAUGAUCUCAACAAGGGCCCUUGAUCUCUGGACCGGCAUUCGAAAGGGUCAGAAUUUGUACCCUCAAUGGACCACGCCGCAACACUAAACACGGCCUUGGACCUUUGCUACUGGAACGCAUGCGUAUGAUAUCACAGUAUCAUCAAUUUAUUCCAAAGGCUCUUAAGGGAAUCCUCUCUAAUUGUUAGAGGCAGAAACAGGCCUUUUCCCAAGUACCUAUGAGGAGACAGGCUGUGAGAGUAUGUGUAGUUGUACAUUACAGCGGUAGAGUAACUCUUCCCCGUUGUCUACUAAGUCUACGUGUCUGGCGGGCAUUAGCAUUCAUGGAUCCCUACCACAAAAAGUGAAAACGCUUUCUUAGCUAGCAUCCGCGAGCCAGCAGAGCCAACAGCUUACAGCGUCUAAGAAGCCGGCCACAUCAUCCUGAAUGAUGUUUUGGUAAUUGAU